CAAACUAGUCCACUCGCUUUCUCCUCCAUUAAACAAAACUAAAGUGAAAGCAAAAAAAGAUCUCUCUCUCUCUCUCUCUCUCUCUCUAAGUUUAUUAUUCUCCAAGAACAUCACUUCAAAACCUCACAAUUUCACUAGAUUUUCGAUCAUCUAGCUUAAUUCAGACGUCAACUUAUCACCGCUCGCUGUUCCUUCUCGCAUUUCAACCGUGUGUUUGAUUCUUCAUCGCGUAAGAACACACUUUGCGGAAUACAUUGAAACUGAAUAAUCUCAUGUGAAGGAGUUCACCGAUUGUUACUGGAUUUUACUUUGGGUUCCGUUUCUUCUGUGAAGUAUCAGAAAAUAUGCGUUCAUGGUGGGGUAAGUCAUCAUCAAAAGAAGCAAAGAAGAAGACAAACAAGGAGGGUAUUAUCGACACGAUUAGAAAAUUUAGAAUCCCUUCUGAUAAAAAGUCAACCAGCAGAUCCGGUGGGUCAAGGAGAGGCUGCAGUGACACAGUUUCAGAGCUCGGGUCACUAUCCAGGGUCGAGUCUAGGUGCGUUUCACCUUCCAAAGAAUCCAAACUUGUAGCUAGAUGUCAAAGUUUUCAAGAAAGACCGCAGGCUCAACCACUUCCGCUUCCCGUUCUUCACCCGGCCCGUGUGGCUCGAACUGAGUCGGGAAUCAUAGCAUCUGGGAAACCAAGACAGGAAAAGGGGUCCAAACCGUCACCGUACCUUACACUUCCACAUACUGGAUACACACGGCCGAAGCCCGAUGCUGCAGAUUUCGAUGGAGCGGAAUCUGUUUAUAGUGAAUGUUGUAGUGAUAGUGAUGAUCCACCUGACUCGAGCCAGCUUAGCCCAUUGGCAUCUGAUUAUGAUACCGGAAGUCGAACGACAGCUGGCAGCCCUUCCAAUAUGAUUAUUAAGGAUCAGCUGCCAGCUAUGAAAAAUUACUCUCGAGAUGUAGCAAAACAACAAGACCAUCUUUUCGAUAACCAUACAUCUUCUUCACCUUCUAGAAGAAAACCGUUAAGCAGUCACGUUCCUAAUCCUCCUGUCCCAUACCACGGUGCAGUCUUCAGUGCUCCCGACAGCUCGAUAUCAAGCCCAUCUAGGAGCCCAUUACGAGCAUUUGGAACCGACCAAGUCAUAAACUCUGCUUUCUUCAACACAAAGCCCAAUCCCGAUUUCCCUUUCCUUGGAUCGGGCCACUGUUCCAGUCCCGGGUCGGGCCAGAAUUCGGGCCAUAACUCUAUGGGUGGUGACAUGGCUGGCCUAUUUUGGCAACCCAGCAGGGGUAGCCCGGAAUAUUCUCCACUUCCUAGUCCUAAGAUGACGAGUCCGGGCCCGAGUUCUAGAAUCCAUAGUGGGGCGGUCACACCACUUCAUCCAAGAGCCGGUGGUGCAGCUGAAGAUGUGAAACAAAAAAGUCACCGGCUACCGCUUCCUCCGGUCACAAUUUCGAAUUCUCUACCUUUCUCUCAGUCGAAUUCGGCAGCAACGUCGCCUUCUGUACCGCGAAGUCCUGGAAGGUCCGAUAAUUUACCAAGCCCUGGCUCGAGAUGGAAGAAGGGGAAGCUGCUGGGUAGAGGCUCGUUUGGGCAUGUUUAUGUUGGCUUCAACAGUGAUAGUGGUGAAAUGUGUGCUAUGAAGGAAGUUACAUUGUUUUCUGAUGAUGCAAAGUCAAAGGAAAGUGCAAAACAGUUGGGCCAAGAAGUUUCUUUAUUGAGCCGGUUAAGCCAUCCGAAUAUUGUUCAGUACUAUGGCUCUGAAAUGGUGGAUGACAAACUUUAUAUUUAUUUGGAAUAUGUAUCGGGUGGUUCGAUAUAUAAACUUCUUCAAGAAUAUGGACAAUUUGGUGAGCUGGCAAUUCGAAGUUACACCCAACAGAUCUUGUCGGGGCUAGCAUAUUUGCAUGCUAAGAAUACUAUUCAUAGGGAUAUUAAAGGAGCAAAUAUUCUCGUUGACCCAAAUGGCAGAGUUAAGUUGGCAGAUUUCGGAAUGGCAAAGCAUAUCACAGGGCAGACAUGCCCAUUGUCAUUCAAAGGAAGUCCUUACUGGAUGGCACCUGAGAUCAUCAAGAAUAGCAACGGUUCCAACCUUGCAGUUGACAUUUGGAGUCUCGGGUGUACGGUUCUCGAAAUGGCAACAACAAAACCACCUUGGAGCCAGUAUGAGGGGGUUGCGGCCUUGUUUAAGAUUGGAAACAGUAAAGAACUCCCGGUUAUUCCAGAUCAUCUCUCAGAUGAAGGGAAAGAUUUUGUACGGCAAUGUCUACAGAGGAAUCCACUUCAUCGUCCUACAGCUGCUCAGUUAUUGGAACACAGUUUUGUAAAAAAUGCUGCUCCGUUAGAAAGGCCGUUAUCGUAUUCCGAGCCAUCCGAUCCACCUACAAAUGGGGGAACUGGUAGAAAUCGACAAGCAUUGGAUUCCGAUAGACUUGCUGCAACCCAUUCGUUUAGAGUGCCAAGACCCACCUUUAUUUCCAGCGAUGUUCAAAUUCCAAGGAAUAUAUCGUGCCCCGUCUCACCAAUUGGAAGCCCACUUGUACAUUCAAGAUCACCACAACACCUCAACGGAAGGAUGUCCCCGUCACCCAUAUGUAGCCCACGAACCACUUCAGGCACAUCAACUCCACUAACCAACAUUAACGGUUCUAAAAUCCAAUUCCAUCAUGUUAACCAAUCGGUUUACCUCCAUGAGAUCUCAAAACCUACCAACAUAUCUUAUCGUGAGCCUGUCCCUGAUAUGUUCCGAGCCAAGCGGCAGUUUGGUGGACACGCGGUGUUGGCUGAUUCUGUAUCCCAUCUACUUCUAAAGGACAAAGUCAACUUUAAACCAUCUUUGGAUUUAAAUCCAUUGUGAGGUGCUCUGCUGCACAUAUCAUUCAAAUUCAUUUUAAUUGCAAAAUGGGGAAAAGAAAAGACGUAAGUAAAUCGGGUCAAUAAUGUCUGGGGGGUUUUAAGUUAUGAAAAAGGCGGUAACGGGUAACUUAUGAUGGUAUUAACAUGUUAUAUCAUCAUUAAUUCGAAUACAAGAGUAGGAAUUAGGAGGAUUAAUUAGGGGUAUUUUAUUUUAUUUUUCUUGUGGAAAGCUGUACAUAAAAUGCAGAAUCGGUAUUGCAUUUGGGUUUACUUUACUUUACUUGACACACUUUCUACAUGUGAACUGUAUCUAUAUAUAUCUAUAAUAACUAUAACUAUAUAUCUAUUCAUCUAUUGGUGUGUAUGAUUUAUAUGCA